CUUGCUAACACCAACCCAAGUCUCACGUCCCCUUUAUUUUCCCCCUCCCUCAUCGCGCCGACGCCGUCCAUCCCUCAGGAACCUGGACUCCGCCGGGGCGGGACCCCGGCAAGUGGCGCCCGAACAGGGACCUGAAGGGACGCUUCAUCUCCUUGUGGAUUCCUGAUCGUCUGAUUCGACAUGUACCGCAAGCAGCCUCUGCCCCCACCUCCACCAAGGCAGACGAGCCCCAGCUUCCGAGUCAAGAUAGCUGAUGAAUCUCCCCCAGUAGCCCAGAUGAGACGACUUUCACUCCGCGAGAAACCUUCUAAACGUCUGGCUCCCUGUCCGCACUCGCCUCCGCCCUCCUAUUCUUUCUACUGACUCUGGCAAAAUUCAACCACACUUGUGCCAGGCCAUAGCCGCUUUACAGAAUGUUGUAUUGAUUAGACCAACAGGAUCACAGUUGUAUAAGGUUAAGGCCUGUGUCCUGGCCCCUUAUGUUUUCUUGGCCUUUCCUGUACACAGUUUUGCUAUGUCUAUCUCUUUUAAUAAUUCUCGUUAUGAUAUCUCCUGUCCAGAUUGUAUUUUUAACUAAUUGUUUGAGCCCUGAUAUAGAGGUACGAGCUGUAAUCAUAUUACAACAACCCUCCUAUCUUAUGCUACCCGUUCAUUUGUCUGAACCCUGGUAUGAUGAUGUUGGAUUGCUUACUUUGAAACAGGCUACUGAUCUUUUACAGCGCCCCCGCCGGUUUAUCUCUGCUUUAAUAUGGGGUAUCUCAGCCUUGAUUGCAUUAGCAACCUCUCUCACUGUAUCUGCUGUAGCGCUGACCAAACAAAUACAUACUGCCUCUUAUGUAGACGAUCUUUCUAAGAAUACCACUCUUGCCCUAACUACCCAAGAAAUAAUAGACGAAAAACUGGAGGCAAAGGUAAACGCUCUGGAAGAGGCAAUAUUACAGAUAGGACAAGAACUUACAAAUUUGAAGGUUAAACUGGCCUUGCGAUGUUAUGUGUCCUAUAGAUGGAUCUGUGGGACUCCUCUUAAGGUAAAUCAAUCUCUACACUCUUGGGAAAAAAUUAAAAAUCAUAUCCAGGGAAUAUGGAACCAUUCAGACUUUAGUCUAGACAUUUGUGACUUACAUAGACAAAUUAAUAAUAUUAAUCAGGCUGAAGAAUCCUUUUCUGCUUCUGAAGUGGCCACCAACUUUUUCACCUCUCUGACCUCUUUUGUAGGGGAGAAAAAUUGGAGCUCCUUUAUUGUUAAUAUUGCUGUCACCAUUGGUGCUCUAAUGAUUUGUCUUUGCCUUUUUCCAGUCUUUCUCAAGUUAAUAUUCAACUCUAUAAGUCGGGUUUCAGCAGAAUUACAUCUGUUGGCUUUAAAAAGUAAAAAAGGGGGAGAUGCUGGGAGCCGUGGCUACAUCAUUUGAUCGGCUGUUUGACAGGGUCCAGC